AUGUCCUUCUACCAGCCUAGUCUAGACGCUAUCAAGGGUCCCGAUCCUUUGACCGACAAUUGGACUUAUGAUAGUGCCAUUGAUCUCUUCUCUUGGAAUCCUAUGAUGCCCGAUCCUUUUACUUUUGACCUGCCCGACGAUCUCAUGAACUUCGAAUCUAAGGAUCUGUCUGCGGGCAUGGUCGCUCCAUCGGACAUUAGUGGCUUUGUUAUUGGCAACCAUAUGGGCGAGGACGCUGCCUCGAUAUCUGACCCCGAGAGUGAUGACCACCCAUGGUCCCCCUCUGCCCAUGCAGCUUUCCCCGAGCUCUCUCCCGUCACCUCGACAGAACAAGUCCAUCAAGAAACCGCUCGAUACUCAACUACCCCCGAUGCCACCUCACCUCAAGAACAACCCUCCUCGCCACCAACACGAUCUACUCGUCGCCGAUCAUCGGCUGACGGCCCCGUCCGCAACGCCGCCAAACGAGCCGCCCACAACGUCAUUGAAAAACGCUACAGAACCAACAUGAACGCUAAAUUCGUCGCACUCGAGAAAGCAAUGAAUGGCGAUAACGGCGUGCAGAAAUCGUCAAGGGGCGGAGGUUCCGCGUCGCUUAAGAAAUCCGAGAUACUCUCGAAUGCUAUCGCCUAUAUGCAUGGAUUGCAGGAGGAAAAUCGGUAUCUACAAAAGGAGCUGGCCAUCGUUAAACAGAAUCUGGUGCCGGCAGGGGUAUGGCGGGGUGCUCCUAGUUGUAAACGGGAGACGAGUUAUCGUUAG